GCUACAGGCUGUGUCGGGUGUUGUGAAUGUGCGGUGCAGAUAGUUUUUAACUGGAGUGACGUUUACUAAUAUGUGACAAUGGCGUCUGUCAAAGUAGCAGUACGGGUUCGUCCCUUCAAUCAAAGGGAGAUUGAUAUGGACGCCAAACUCAUAAUUCAAAUGGAUGGAAAGAAAACAAGAAUUCUGAACUCUAAGAUUGUUAAUGGAAAAGACGGUGAUUUUGGACGUGAGAGGUACAAGGAUUUCACUUUUGAUUAUUCUUAUUGGUCAUUUGACUCAUCUGAUGCCCACUACGUUUCUCAGAAAAAGGUCUUCGAAGACUUGGGUACAGAUGUUAUUGAAAGUGCCUUUGAAGGCUAUAAUGCUUGUGUAUUUGCAUAUGGGCAAACAGGCAGUGGAAAAACAUUUACAAUGAUGGGAUCUCCGGAAAACCAAGGACUUAUUCCACGUAUAUGCAAGACAUUGUUUUCACGAAUACAAGCAGGAAAGGAGCAGGGUACCAGCUAUCGGACUGAAGUUUCGUACCUUGAGAUUUAUAAUGAACGGGUUAAGGACCUGCUAAGGAAGGAUGCUACGCAUACUCUCCGUGUUCGUGAACAUCCUAAGCUAGGACCAUACGUUCAGGACCUUUCACGACAUUUUGUGUCAGAUUAUUCAGACAUUCAGGAGCUUAUGAUGCGAGGUAACAGUCAACGCACAACAGCAUCCACAAACAUGAACGAUGUAAGCAGUCGUAGUCACGCGAUCUUCACCAUUAUGUUUGUUCAAGCAGGGUUUUCAAACAACAUGCCAAGUGAAACUGGUUCUAAAGUUCAUCUUGUCGAUUUAGCUGGCAGUGAGAGAGCUGAUACCAGCGGAGCCACUGGACAGCGCCUGAAAGAAGGUGCUCACAUUAACAAGUCACUAGUGACUCUGGGCUCUGUAAUUUCAGCCUUGGCUGAACACUCGUCCAAUGAUUCAAAGUCAACUGGGAGAAAUGUAUUUAUUCCAUACCGUGACUCUGUUCUGACAUGGUUACUUAAAGAUAGUUUAGGUGGAAACUCCAAGACCAUAAUGAUAGCAGCUGUGUCCCCAGCAGACUGCAACUAUGGUGAAACUCUGAGUACAUUACGGUAUGCUAACCGUGCUAAGAAUAUCAUUAAUAAACCAACAAUCAAUGAGGAUCCUCAUGUGAAACUGAUUCGAGAAUUACGGGACGAAAUCACAAAAUUACGUGCUCUUCUUGGAAAUGAAUAUACAACUGAAUCGCAACCACAGGUAUUAGCACAGCUUCACCAAAAAGAAGUACAGGAGAAGGUGCUGACAGAAGAAUGGGCAGAAAAAUGGCGUGAAACGCAAAAGAUCCUCCAAGAGCAGAAAGCACUUGGUUUAAGAAAGUCUGGUCUGGGAGUUGUCCUUGAUUCUGAUAUGCCUCAUCUUGUUGGCAUUGAUGAUAAUGUUCUUAGCACAGGUGUCACAUUGUAUCACUUGAAGGAGGGUGAGACAUUAAUUGGUACGGAGGAUGCAUCCACGCAGCAAGAUAUUGUUCUGGAUGGAGUUGGGGUUGAAGCAGAACACUGCAGUGUUCAGCUGAAGGAUGGUGUAGCUACUCUCAUUCCAAAGCAUUCAGCGCAGUGCUGGGUCAACACAGUUCUGGUUGACAAACCAACUAGACUGUCGCAGGGUUGUAUCAUUGUUUUGGGGCGUAACAUUAUGUUCCGAUACAACGAUCCAGCAGAAGCAGCUAAGUUACGGAAGGAAGGAAGUCGUUCUCAUCUCAGCUUAUCGUGUCUGUCUUUGCUAAGCCGUUCAACUACAGAGCUUGCUUGGUCAACUGAGAAUCUCAGUGCUUCCACGGAAGAUGGAGAAAGGGUUGAGGAACUUGAAAUGCAGAGAGUUACCCUUCAAAAAGAAAAAGAAGCAUUUAAGAAAGAACAGGCUGAACGUGAACAAGACUGGGAACGUGAGCAGCGACGUAAGAGAGAGGCACUUGAGGCAGCCCAGAAGGCAUUAGAGGAGGAGCGUCAACAAAUGGAGCAGGAUUAUGAACAACAACGUCGGAAGUUGGCAGAAGAUUGGCAGCGGCUAGAACAACACCAACAGGAUGACUUAGCUGUCCUUAAGCAGAAGGAGGCAGAAUUAUGUAGGAAACGUGAAGCCCUAGAAGCAGAGAGAGCAUUUUCAAUGUCUCAGGUUGAGAGUGAAGGUAAAAUUGUGUCAGCUCUUCGGGAAGAACUAAUUCGCCAACGCAGUGAACUGGAGGCUGAAGUGAUACGGCUUCUCACAAACUGCUUCACAGAUAACAACCUAUCAAAGGAUAAGGUGUUGGCAGUUGCACAGAAGUUGUUGGACCAAUGGCCAGAUGCUGAAAGCUCAACUCCUAAUUCUUCCAGCCCCGACUCAUGGGCUAGUUUGGGAAUCGAUUCAUCUGAACCCACUCUGGAGUACGUUAGAGAUCUUGUCAACACAUACCACCAGGAAUUGGGCACUCUUGAAGCAGAACUACAGAAAAGACUGCAGGCAAUGAGUGAACACCAUUCUAGAGUUGAAUCUAUUAACAAUGAGCUUCAAGAAAUGUGCUCAAAGAUGCAGGGAGGAUCAAAAGAAUUUGAAAAAAUGAAGACAUGUUUGGCCCAAAGAACACAGGAGCAGUUACAAGAGAUAAUGCUACGGAAACAGUCAUUAUCACUGGAUCUGAAAAGGGCCACAGUAGUGUCUCCAUCUAUACCUUCUACUGAAGAGACAGUGCUACCCACAUUGUCAAGCUCGGUAGGCACUGGAGACACAUUUCACACAGCAACUUCACCAUGCUCAGAGAAGAAUGACAAUGAGUACCAGCCAGUCAGCAACAACUCCACCAGCUCUUUUGAGCAUGUGUCCCCACUAACUGAGUGUCGUGCAAGUCCAUAUCACAACAACAAGUUGAACAAAAAUGGUAUAAAUUCCGUCUCACAUGGCAUAGGGGCUGUGCAGAUGAUGCAACAGUUGUGUGAACGGAUGGGACAGCAAAAGAUGCUCAUUAUCAGAACACUGGAGGGUGAAAACUGCAGCAAGUCUGAGCUGAAUCAACAGAUCGCAGUAUUGCAGGAACUGAAGCGGCAAUAUGUUAAACUAGAAAUGGCUCUGGAGCAUCAAACCCAGGGAGACAUCACAGUUAGCAGUGAUGAGUCUGAAGAUCUGUCAACAUCAGCUGAUGACGGGUUAUCUGAGAACUUGAGUGCGAGCUUGAGGAUAGAUACCCACAGUUAUCAGGAAGACAGUCCAAGACGCAGAGCUUCGCAGAACAUACAUAAGAGAAUUCUUCAUGGCCGACUUGGAUCGCCUGUGAGUCCAAUCCUCUAUACUUCAAAUUCUAGUCAGGGAGAUGCAGAUAGUCUUUCUGCUUACAGUCUCAGCAUCCCUUCCCCCAUAUCUGAUGGCUGUGCAAGUUGGGUGCAGAUACCAUCCUACGUUUUGCGAGGUGCUGGAUCCUUCACUCACUAUGAGUAUGUGGUUCGAGUUUGUGUGGGUGAGGACAGGUGGACGAUUCUGAGACGUUACAAACGCUUCAGAGAGUUACAUCAGCGUAUGUCUGCAAAAUAUGGACCGAAGGUAGAAGCAUUGCCAUUUCCUCCACGCCGCUUCUUCUCAAAAAAAUCAGAAUCUGUGGCUCGACUGCGUCGUGUCCAAUUGGAGACAUAUCUACGGCAGCUGCUUGAAGUAUGUUCCACAAUAGAAAGUUGUCCUUUAUUCUCUUGUGUACAGAAUCCAACUCGACUUGCACUUCUCGAGUUUUCUUCUUUUUUCCGGAAAGGUGUGUUUGAAACAGGGAAGUUUGGCACAAGUUAAUGCCAUUUUGUAAUGGAGAGCAAGCUCUUUUUGGACUAAUGAAGUGUGAUACAUGUUAUUAAGUAAGCAGUGUAAUAAUUUAUUGCAAGCCAGCUACUUAUGCUGCUCUUGUGCAACUUUUAUUUUACAGAAUUUUGUUCUGAAAGUCUUUACUGGUUUUGUUUGACGACACACUCAGCUGUUUAAUGAGAUGCAUAGCUGAAAAGAGUAUGUAAAUGAAGAAUGAUAUAUGUAAAGAUUGGUUGAGCAUGGAGCUUAGUAUUUUGAUGGCACAUCAUAUUUCCAUGACAAAAGUGUUUUGUAAUUUUUUAACAGUGUAGUACACACAGAGAAUAGCAAUAUUUAAUUUUUGUUGAUAUUUACUUUUCUACAGUAUUCAGUGACGUUUCUCAUUUCUUCUCUUCUUUUAAUGAUGCAGACAAGCUCAUAUUUUUGUAAAUCACAGAUGAAUAUGUAAUGGCCUGUAAGGUGCAAACUGCUUAUACCUAUUUACUUUAUUUUAUGGUUUAUCUAAAUAAAGUUUAGUGUAAACAGGCUAUUCUGUAAGUGAUAUGAAAAUACUAUAAUCUGUUUAAUUUCCAAAUGUAUCUGAAUUGAAGAGUGGUAAUCAUGUGAGUCUCAAUAAUAAAAGGAGAUGUUAAAAAAAUGUAAGAAGGGAGGAAGAUAAGUGGCUACAAUAUUUUGGAUUUCAUUAUUAUUAUCCUGCAGAUAAAAUUUCUCUGAUUAUACCAAGUGUGAAAUAUUAUACAAGUUGAAGUAAUUGUAGAAACUGUUCAAUUUUAAGAAACUGUGCUCAAUAAUAUUUAGUGUAAAAUUAUUUCUACAAUAUUUUCUUCAUGAUGUGGGAUUAACUUGAUUAAAAUACUGCUUUAAUGAAGCUUUUAAUAAUUCUAUAAUUAUAAUGAGCAUCUUGUUUGUAUAUCUGCAAAUGUAUAUUUUGCCCCAGUUUCUCUAUGUAAACAUUGUAAUGAUUUUCCACUUUUUGUCCUCACAUUAUUCAUCUUCACCCUUUCCUGUUAGUCUUACUCCUUUAUGUCUUUCAAGUAAUUUAUGUUGAGACUAAUCUGCCAAAAGCAUUAUAUAAAGAGACGUUUGAGUGAUUUAGCGUUACUCAAUUCCCUGUCUUACAACCUGUUUGGCAGUUCUGUACAUGAUACCUCAUAGAGAUAUCUUGCAAUAUGUAUCCAAAAUAACUUGUUGAUCUCUCUCAUUGAGAGAUGCAAUAGUAGUUAACACAGAUGAAAUUGGACCCCUAUUACUUUAAAGGUAUUUGUAACCUAUAACAUAGUCAUGUUAUCAAAAUGAGUAUGAAAGGCAUUCAGUACUAUUCUUAUCAUUAUUAUUUUAAUUGUAAGAUACAAACUCACUCUUUGUACAUCAUUCCCUGAUAAGCCGUGUUUCUGAAACUUUAGAAUACAACACUAACUUCAUCAUCAUCGUUAUUUCCUCCUCCUCCUCCUCCUCCUCCUCCUCCUUUCCCCCCCCCCCCCCCCCCCCCAUCCUGUUUUGGAGGGGUGGUUGGUUUAUGAUGUAUGGAUGUGAAAGAACUGUUGUCAAUAACAAUUAUUCUUUGUUACUGAGACAAAUGCAUUCUUGUAGGAGUUAUUAAAAAAUGAAUGCAAACAAUCCUUGAGAACUGUAAGCUGUAUCUUCAAUUUUUUGUUUUACGUUGUUAAUGUAGGAAACAAUAAGUACUGAGUUAUGGUCACCAUUUUUUUCAUGAAAAUGAUUUGCAAAUGCAUUGAUUUUGCACUAAUAAAAAAGUAAGAAUCAAUGUAAAUUAUAUUUAAAUAGCACUUGUCUAAUGACUAUGCAUGGAUUGUGAAUUGUUGAUAUUCACCAUUCAUUAGCUUUCGAAAUCAUUUGUCAACCCUGCUGUUUGCAAUGUUCUUCAUUUUCUCUUUACAUUUUGAAGAAGCGUUCAGUAUGAAAAAAUUACAUUGAGCAUUCACAGAUUUAUGUUUCUUUUUGGGUCAAUUACGGUUUUUAAAGCAAUUUUUACUUGCAAUCUUGAUUUUUUGUCUUAUUUGGACAAUAUUGUCUUAAGUGUAGUGAAUUUGCACUGGGUUUAUUCCUAUAUGGAAGUUACCUGGUUUAAACUCUUGUCAGAAUGAAGAGAGUACCAUUUUAUUGUUAAAAUAAAAAAGUUGCACAGUAAAUGGAAAUUAGUUUGGCUGUUUCUCAUAUAAACUGACUAGUUUGUGUAAUAUGACAGGAAGGUGCUUCUUCUUUCUUACCUAAUUUGGACCUAUGCUGUUGGUGUUAUUGUGGAAAAUUCUCCCUCUGUUUAUUGUUCAUUGCAGAAGAGAUGACAAGUAAUAAACUAAAUAACAGUAGAAAUUUAUCCAAAAAAAUAUUUAAACUUAAAUGUUUUUGAUAAUGUUCAGAAAUUAAUGGGAAAAGGAAGUGAUGAAUCAACAGAAAAUUCUCUCCAGAAAACUAUAAAGUUAUAACACAAUUGGUGGCUAGUGCUUUCCUUCAGGACAAAUGUCUGUACUGCAAAUAGACACUACUACAUACACUAUCCUAGCUUUUGGACCUAACAGUUCCUUCCUUCUGGAGCAGAGAGGUAUAGAUUGGGAAAGGUUAAAAAUGAAAUCUAUCCACCCAUCCUCCCCGAGGGAGGAACUGUUAGUUCUCAAAGUAAGGAUACUGUAUCUUUUCUGGCACUACUGACAGUUCUUGUGAAGGUACUUACCACAAGUUCUGUCUGAAAAGAAGUGAUAUGGCAGAAAACAGGAUGUGAGGCACAAUAAAACAUUUAGUUCAAUAGUUCUCACAAGGACAUAUUUAAAUAUGAUGGUGCAGAAGAGUAAUUAGUAAAUAAUGCAGAUCUUUCAGGAAGUUUCCAUCUCAGAAGGGAUGCUUAUUGAUAAAUUAUCUCCAAAUUGUGAGAAGGAAAUAAAAUUGUUACCAGGAGUAUAGAUAUAGAUAAAAAAGAAAUUACAAGAGGAAGGAAUGAAGAGGUUAUAUUCACAGGAAAUAGUGUAGAACAUAGAGAGGAGAGGAGACUAGAUUCACAAUGAAGGGAGGCUG